AGUUGGAUUUUAAUCAGUAUUGUUUAUAUUAUUUUUAUUCCAUAUUUUGUUGAUUACUAUUGAAUUUCAUUUUUAAAAAUUAUCUUUUCAAUAAAAUAAAAAAUAUUUUCUCAGUUAAGAUAACAUUAGUGACCUUCGAACUCUGAUACACUGGAGUUAGUGAGCAGUAAUUAGUAUUCAUUGAUUUCCUAUUGUCUAAACCAAAGGUUCACAUAUAUGAAAGUAAUGAAGUGUUGAAUAAUCUCAUACUGUCUGUACUCAAGUGUAGAAAUCAGUUGAAGCCAUUCGAAUAACUAUGGAUUUACACUUUCUACCGUUAGUAUCACAAAUUGAAGCUCGUACCAAGUCAUCAUAUUCUUUAAUAAAAGCACCAGUUUUAUCUAAAAAUAAAAAUCAUGUGAAUGUUGAUUUAAAUUCAAUCUCUAAAAAUUCUCUAAAAGUGAAAAAUGUUUAUAUUAAAACGCCUCCUCAAGGUUUAGAAAGAGCAUUUUAUGAAUUACUUACACAUGAAGCAGUUGAAUUUUUAGCUGACCUUGUGAUCAAGUUUGAUGAAGAUGUAAACAGUCUAUACAAUCAUAGACUUCAAAGGAAAGCUGAGCAAAGAAUUAAUCAAAAAAUUCCAUCAUUUUCUAAACUACAAGUUGAAGAUGACAACUGGGAAGUUGCUCCUGUUAAUAAUCGGCUGAGAAAUCGACAUUUAGACCUUGGAGAUGUAAGUCCCAGCAAUUUAGAUCAUUUUUCUGCUGCUUUAUGUGCUAAUGUCCAAGGAAUUCAAGUGGACUUUGAUGAUGGCCAUUGUCCUAAUUGGUUUAACCAAAUUUAUGGACUUCACAAUGUUUUUAAAGCUGUUCAUAAUCAAUUGGACAAUGUUCCAGAGAUUUCUGCUGCUCCGAUUCUUAUGUUACGACCACGAGCUUGGAAUAUGAUUGAAAAAAAUGUUCAUAUAAAUGGAAAAUAUAUUCCAGGACCUCUUUUUGAUUUUGCUUUAUUAAUGUUUCAUACUGGAAAAAUUCUCUACAAAUGUGGUUGUGGUCCUUGCUUUUAUCUUUCGAAACUUGAAAGCUCUGAUGAAGCUAAGUUAUGGAAUAAUAUUUUCUCUUGGAGUGAAGAAAGACUUGGAAUACCAUAUGGUUCCAUCAAAGCCUGUGUUUUAAUUGAAAAUAUUUUAGCAAGUUUUGAAGUAGAGAAUAUUUUGUAUCAAUUAAAAGAUCAUUCUUUGGGACUCAAUUGUGGAAUUUGGGAUUAUGCAGCAUCAAUUAUCGCAAAAUUUGGAGAUAAAAAAUCUUUUGUGCUCCCUGAUAGGAAUAAAUAUGUGAAUAUGGACAAGAGAUUUUUGAAGAAAUAUUUACAAUUGGUUGUUAAAGUCUGUCAUAAGAGAGGAGCUUAUGCCACGGGAGGAAUGGCUGCUCAAUUAUUACCUCCAGACUCAAACUCUGAGUCAUACAAAAUUAUUCUUCAAAAGGUCUGUGAGGCUAAAAUCAAAGAAAUUCAAGAAGGUGUCGAUGGUUUUAUGGUUUACGAUUUGAACUUAGUUCCAUUUAUGAACAAUUUAUGGAAAAAAUUUCCAAAAGUUCCAGGACUUAAUCAAAUAAGUUAUCCUGGAACACCAGAAGAAAUUACAGAAAAAGAUUUAUUGAGUCUUCCUGAAGGAGGUGUAACCAUUAAAGGAUUGGAACAUAAUAUUAAAGUUGCUAUUCUUUUCAUUUAUAAUUGGUUCAAUGGAAGAGGACACUUUAUCAUCGAUGGAUCUAUUGAAGAUUCCGCAACAGCAGAGAUAUCAAGAUCACAAAUUUGGCAAUGGAUUCGGCAUGCUGCAAAAUUGGAAGACUACCACAACGAUAAUCAUGACACUGUAACAAGUCAGUUAGUGGAUAUUUUAACCGAAAAAAUAGUGAAUGAUUUGGUUAAAACAUACUCCACAAACCUAUUUGUAGAUAGGAUAAGGAAGCUUGUGAUGGCUAAACAUGUGUUUAUAGAUAUUGUAAAUUGUCGUGACUUUCCGGACUUUAUUACCACCUAUGUCUAUGAUAUAUAUCCGUUCAGCAAUUUACUAUCUCAUUUGUAAAAUCAAUAUAUUAUUUAUAUAAAUAAUUAAUUUUAAAAAAAA